GCAUCAUCCACUUCAUAUGUUUCAAUAAUGUAUAUGGGACUGCCUCCAUAAAAGCAUCCAUAUAGCUGGCCAUUGCCUGAAACCCCAAGUUUGGUGCUGUUUUUGGUCCCCCAAAUAAUACUCCUUAAAUUCCACAUAUCCUAAUUUCGAAUAUUUCCUCAGUAACCUAAAAUACCACCUCAAUUAUCAUACCUUCGUUUUUAACACCCAAAACUAUGGAGUAUCGGGUUUUGAAGGAUUCGAAUUCGAACGUUACUCUGACAUGGAGCAAUACUAUAUUCUAGUAUAUAGUAUAGCUAUGGCUACCUACCUUGUUGUCUACUUAAACUAUGUACCUUAUGCCAUGACUACAAAGCACAACACAUAAUGCAACAUCAACAGACAUCAACAAAAACAACAGAAACAUAGGCAUUGAGUAAUUUUACCUAAAGAAAGAUGUUCAAGUCGGGAAGAUGGAAGGCCCAAAACAGCAAGAUCAAAGUUAUGUUUCAGUUGCAAUUUCAAGCAACACAGGUGCCAAAGGUGAAAGGAAAAGGGUUGAUGAUAUCUUUGAUUCCGGGGGAUAUUGGGAAGCCUACAGCGAAACUAGAGAAAGCUCCGGUUGUUGAAGGGACUUGUACAUGGGAAGAUCCUAUUUAUGAGAUGGUUAAAUUGGUUAAACAUCAAAAAACCGAAACAUAUAAAGAGAAAAUUUAUUUCUUCAAUGUCCAAACGGGAUCUUCGAAAUCAGGUUUUAUUGGAGAGGUUGGGGUUGAUUUUGCUAAUUUUGCAGAGGCAACUGAACCUUUUCAACUUUCUCUCCCCUUAACAGCUUCAGACUCUGGCGCAAUUUUACAUGUGUUCAUCCAAAAGAUGCAACGAACAGAUGAACAGAGUUUCAGGGAGUCUGAAGAGAAUGAGUCACUGAGGUCUGAAUCACUCAGAUUGAAGAAUCAAUUAAGUGAUAGCAGUGAAAACGGGAAUAUCCUUGAUUUUGCUGAAGAUACAACUGUUUCAAGGAACUCAAAACCUGUGAAUAAGAAGGUUGAAAAGCAUCAAAAGCAAAGAUCAAGCACAGAUUGGUCAAUGGGUUCACUUUCAGAUAGAAGUAUGGCUGAUUUAAUAAACAGCCCAGAGCACAACAACAACAACAAUCAAAUUCAAAACAAUGAGGAUCAGAGACUUUAUGCUGAAGCAUCAAGAAAUGCAGUUGAAGUUUUGAAAAGUAAUGUUUCAAGGUUGGAAAGGCAAGUGGAAAUGUCAGAUUUGGAGUUGGAGUCUCUUCGUAAGCAAAUACAUAAAGAGAAUAAACGAGGACAAGAUCUGUUGAAGAAAGUAACUGAACUUCAGGAGGAGAAAGAAGCACUUGAAGAGGAAAAGAAAAAAGAUAUUGCUACAAUGAAGGAGUUGUAUGGUGAACUAGAGGUUGAAAAGAGGGAGAAAGAGGAGUUGAAGGUCCAUGUUGACGAUAUUACCCUCGAUUACAAGUUUUUAUUACAAGAGAACGAAGAUAUGUCUUUGAAAUUAGAGAAUGUGGAGAAUGAAUACUCGAAGUCGUUAACCAUGGUUAAACAGUAUGAAAUCCAAGUGAAGAGAUUAGAGGAAAAGGUUAUGAAUCAAGCUUUGGAAAUUUCUCAAUCUUUUGAUACGAUUAGUGAAUAUGAAACGCAUAUUAAGGGAUUAGAGAAAGAAUUGGAGAAACAAGGGCGUGAUUUUGAAGAUGAUGUGGAAGAUUUGAUGAAAUCCAAAUUAGAAGCCGAUGAGGAUUUGAGAAAUGCAAGGUUAGAAAAUCAAAGUUUGAAACAACAGAUGAGAGAAAUGCAAGAAGCAGUUGAGAACUCAAACGUAGAGCUCUUGUUGAUGAAAAGUACACACAAGAAAGAAGUAGAGAAGCUUUGUGAUGAAAUGAAUAUGCAAGAAGAACAAAUUAAGGAAAUGUCAUUAGAGCUUGAGAAAGUUGGAGAAAGAGAAGAAAUGGUGACAGAAUUUGGUUCAUUAAAGAUGGAAACAGAAAAACUACAGAAGGAAUCGACAAAUUGGACAAGUUUGAUGAGUGAAAAGAAUGUUAUGAUUAGAACUUUGCAAUCAGAACUUAAAAUGCUAAGAGGUGAUUACAAUGAGUUGCAAGAAAGAUUAUUGGGAAUUGAGUCAGAGAAAGUCAACCUAAGGAAAGAGGUUUCUAAAUUAGAGCAUAACUUAAGGAAGAAGGAAGAUCAGCCAAAAUAUCUGAAACUAUUCCAGGAAAGUAAAGUAGAUUGUGAUGUGAGCACUAGCAAGCAAGAUGAGCAGAAGGUGAACAAAUUAUUAAGUGAAAUAUCAUCAUUGGAUGAAAAGAACAAACAUAUGGAAAGUGAGCUGAAAGAGAUGCAAGAAAAAUAUACAGAAAUAAGUCUUAGAUUUGCUGAGGUGGAAGGUGAAAGACAACAACUGGUAAUGACUUUGAGAAAUAUUCGAAAUGGUAAGAAGAAAUAG